AGAAGAGUUAAUCAAGGAAGACACCUGAAGGAGGUGGGUGUUCACUGACUAGUGGCAGGAUCAGUGAAAUGACUGGAGCUGAGGCAGAUUACCGCCCUAGCUACAGGCCCAGAAGUUUGAAAAGAAAGAUGUUGUAACCCUAACCCUCGAGCCCAACUUCCUCUCCUAACAAUGCUGGGGAGGAACCCAGGCUGGGGGAGAAGUUAAAGCCAGCGGAGGGGCAGGAAUGUCUGAGGUGGCAACACUUCUCUUCAGCCAGACAGCGCUGGCCAGUGUGGAGUCUGUCCAUCCUGCAGGCCACAAGCUCUGGAUGAGGAACUUGAGGCAAGUCACUAGCCCCUGAUCAUUUUCGCCUAAAAGAGCAAGGACUAGAGUUCCUGACCUCCACGCCAGUCCCUGAUCCCUGACCUAAUGUCCCUGCAAAAUGAUGGUAAAACGAAUAUAUAUAUAUACAUCUACGGGGGCCUGGGGCUGGGCGGGCUCCUGCUUCUGGCAGUGGUCCUUCUGUCCGCCUGCCUGUGUCGGCUGCAUCGAAGAGUAAAGAGGCUGGAGAGGAGCUGGGCCCAGGGCUCCUCAGAGCAGGAACUCCACUAUGCAUCUCUGCAGAGGCUGCCAGUGCCCAGCAGUGAGGGACCUGACCUCAGGGACAGAGACAAGAGAGGCACCAAGGAGGAUCCCAGAGCUGACUAUGCCUGCAUUGCUGAGAACAAACCCACCUGAGCACCCCAGACACCUUCCUCAACCGAGGCGGGUGGACAGGGUUCCCCUGUGGUCCAGCCAGUCAAAACCAUGGUCCCCCAACUUCUGUGUCUCAGUCCUCUCAGUCCAUCUCGAGCCUUCGUUCAGAAUGAUCAUCAUCAAAACUUAUGUGGCUUUUUAACCUCUGAAUAGGGAAUUUUUUAAAAUUUUUCAAAAAUUAAAAAAAAAAAAAACACGUGGCUCACCCUUCCACCCA